AUGAGGAUGAGGAUGAGGAUGGAGCGGUCGGACGCGGCCCGGCCGGGGCUCUCGGCAGCCGCCGCCUCCCGGGCUCGGGCCUGGCGGUACCGGGGGGCUCCGGCCCGGUUCCCCCGACGGGGCACGGGCACUUUGGGGACCUCGCUGCGGGGUCACCCCCCUGAACCCCGGAACCCGCGGGGGUCGGCAGCGGGUUGUGCCCCCCCGUACCGGACCGGGAGGCGCUGCUGGGACUGGGGGCUGAGCCUCGGCCCCCCCCAGGCGCCCGGGGGGGGCGCGGGGUCGGCGCUGCAGGAGGGGCCGGGGGCGAUCGCGGCUCCGAGCGCGCCCGCCCGACCCAUGGAGCCGUGCCCGGGGGCCUCAGCGCCCCCGCCGAUGGCCGCAGCGCCCCCGCCGAUGCCGGCCAAGGAGGAGGCUCGCCCCCCGCCCGAGGGGGCCAGCUGUGAGCCCGGCGCCGCCGCCGCCGCCCCCCCCGGCUCUCCGUGCCGCCCCCCGCCCGCGGAGCCGCUGGACGCGCGCAUCGUGAUGGGCGAGGAGACGCGCAGCGCGCCGCCCGAGCCGCGGGGCGCGCCCCCCGUGCCUUGCCCCUUCCCCGCGCCCCCCAAGGAGCCGCCCCCGGGCCGCCCCCCCGCGCUCGACCCCGAGCUCUUCUUCACGGCGCCCUCGACGCCGGUGCGGGCGGGGGGGCCGCGGCCGGGCCCGCCCGAGGAGCCGACGGACGCGGACAGCGAGGGGCUCUGCUCGCCGCCCACGUCCCCCUCGGGCUCCUACAUGACGGCCGAGGGCGGCAGCUGGGGCUCCUCGGGCACCGCCAGCACCUCCCCGUCCUGCUCCCCCAACCUGGCGGCCGAGGCCGAGGGCCUGGGGGAGGCCGAGGCCGAAGGGCUGGGGGGGGCCCUGGGGCUGCCCCUCGGCCUGGGGGACCCCCCGGCCUUCCCCCCGCUGUCCCCCGAGGAGGAGGAUGACGAUGAUGACGAGGACGGGCCCUUCGCGCCGCCGGGCUGUGCGGAUGACGAGGAUGAGGAUGAGGAUGAUGAGGACGGGCAGACGCCGGAGGAGGAGGACGAGGACGAGGGCUCGGGGCUGAUCCCGGCGGCGCUGCUCCCGUUCCGGGGCAGUCUCCUCUUCCAGGCCGAGGCCGUGGAGAUCUCACCCCGGGCCGCCCCCGAGGAGGAGGAGGAGGAGGAUGAAGGCAGCACCUCGGCGUCCUUCCUGCGCUCGCUGUCCGAGAGCUCCAUCCCCGAGGGCGGGGACGAGGCCUUCGCCUUCCGCGACGACACCGACGCCUCCUCGGACUCGGCCGCCUACGACGGGGACGAGGACGAGCGGCUCUACGGCAGCGAGCGGCACGCGGGGGACGCGGGGACACCGGCGGGGACCCCCCCGGGCACCCCCCCGGGCUCCCCCGCGCCCCCCGGCGUGGAGCUGCACCUGCGGGCCGGGUCCCCGUGCCCCGGCACAGCCCCGGCGCCGCCCGGCGGGGACGCGCAGCUGGACGGCCACGCCCGUGUCCCCGCCACCGCCUUCGUCCCCAUCGCCGCGGCGCGGCCCCCGCCCGAGCCCCCCGAGGGGGCGGCCGCAGCCGCAGAAGGUUCUGGAACAGCGCCGGGACCGUGCCCGGAGCUGGCGGGGACCGGCCCUGUGCCCCCGGGGCUCUGUGCCAGGGACCCCCAGAGCCACCAGCCGGGGGACACCAACGGGGACGGGCCUGGCGGUGACAGCGAUGGUGACAACGACCUCGAGCUCAGCACCGGGACAGUGGGGAGCGCCAGUGGGCACAGCGAGCUGGGAUCUGCGGCCACCGCCCUGGGGACAGCAGUGACACUGACCCCUGUGGACGAGAUGGACGCUGCAGACAAUGACAUGAUGGCACCAGUGACACCGACCCCUCUGGAUGAGAUGGACACUGUGGCCAAUGACGUGGUGGCACCAGUGACACCCAGCCUGGUGGGCACGGACCUGGUGGCACCAGUGACACCCAGCCUAGUGGACUCGGUGGACACGGACCUGGUGGCACCAGUGACACCAACCCCCCUGGACGAGAUGGACGCUGCAGCCCCCAGCCCAGUGACACCCAGCCCGCCUGACGCUGACUUGGGGACACCAGGGACACCAACCCCGCUGGAUGAGAUGGAUGCUGCAGAUGCUGAUGUGGUGACAGCCAGCCUGAUGGACAGCACAGCCCCCAGCCCGCCAGACGAGCAGGACACUGUGGCCACUGACAUGGUGACACCAGGGACACCAGCCCUGCUGGAAAGUGUAGACAGUGAUGAGGUGGCAGCCAGCCUGAUGGACAGCACAGCCACCAGCCUGGUGGCACCCAGCCCGUUGGAUGCUGCAGCCCCUGAUGGAGUGGCAUUGGUGACACCAAGCCCACCAGAUGAGCCAGACACUGUGGCCACCAGCUUAGUGACACCAGUAACAGCCAGCCCUCCAGAUGAGCUGGACACCGUGGCCACCAGCCUGGUGACACCAGUGACACCCAGCCCACCACAUGAGCCAGACAGUGUGGCCACCAGCCUGGUGACACCAGUGACACCAAGCCCACCACAUGAGCUGGACAUCACGGCCACUGACCUGGUGACAGAGGUGACCCCCAGCCAGCUGGACAAGAUGGAAGCUGUGGACGCUGUCCUAGUGACACCCACCCUGAAGGAUGCUGUGGCCACUGACUUGGUGACACCAGUGACACCCACCCUGAUGGCCACUGUGGCCACCAGCCCGGUGACAUCGCCCCCCAUGGAUGAGAGUAAUGCUGCAGCCAUUGACCUGGUGACAUCGGUGACACCACUCCCCGUGGAUGAGAGCAGCACUGUGGCCACCAGCCCGGUGACAUCGGUGACACCUGCCCCGAUGGCCACCACGGACGCUGCCCCAGUGACCCCAAGCGUGACAGACACCACGGUCACCAGAACGGUGACAUCGGUGACACCGAGCCCCCAGGAUGAGACGGCCACCGCGACCACUGAGACGGCCACCGUGACCCCCGACCUGAAGGACACCGUGACCCCCGACCUGAAGGACACCGUGACCCCUGCUGCAGUGACCCCCAGCCUGAAGGACACCGUGACCCCUGCUGCAGUGACCCCCGACCUGAAGGACACCGUGACCCCUGCUGCAGUGACCCCUGACCUGAAGGACACCGUGACCCCUGCUGCAGUGACCCCCAGCCCGAUGGACGCUGUGGCCGCCACGCCGGUGCCCCCCAGCCCCCCGGGCGCUGUCCCUGCCCCGUGUCCCCCUGCCCGGGCCGUGUCCCCCGUGGCGCUGGCAGCCCGGGAGUCCCCCCCCGCUGUCCCCGCGUGUCCCCUGGCACGGGCGCCGCUGUCGCAGCCCCCCGGGGACAUCCCUGAGGAGCGGGGGGACGCGGCCGCCGCCCGUGCCGAGGGUUCGUCCCGCACCGGAGAGGCCGCGCCGAGCCCCUCGGAGCCCGAGCAGGAGGAGGAGGAGGAGGAAGCAGAGGAUGAGGAUGCGGCCCCCGCGCCCCCCUCGCCGCAGUUCACGGCCUCGGAGCGGGAGGUGUUCGUGGGGACCCCCCCGGCGCCCCCCGAGCUGCUGCCACCACCCGGUGCCUUUUCGGGGCGCGGGGCCGGCCCGGGGGUCCCCGCCCCGCUCGCGGCGGUGCCGCCCCCCGCGCCCCCCGGCCCCGCUGCAGGGGACACCGAUGCCAAAGGCCCCCCGAGCCCCCCCGAGCGGCAGCAGGAGGAGGCGGCGGCCGUGGGGGGGGUCGCCCCCAGCCCCCUCCCCGCUGCGGGGCCGCCCCCUGAGCCCCCCCGCCCUGCGCCCCCCAAACUCAGCCAAGUGCCUCCCCCCAGGGCCCCCCCCGGCCAGGAGCCCCCCCCGGGGCUGCCCCUCUCCAGGAAGCACCUCGAAGCCCCCCAGGCGCCCCCGCAGAAGGAGCCGGAGCCCCGGGGCCGGGCGGGGGUCCCGGGGGCGGGGGCGGCCCGGGCGCCCCCCCGGGGGUCUCUGCAGUCCGAGUCGAGCUCGUCCAGCGAGGCUGAGCCCCCCCGGCCCCCCCCGGCCCCCCAGCGCUGCCAGCCCAACCACCGAGGGUCCGGGAACGAGUCCGAGAGCAACGACGAGUCCAUCCCGGAGCUGGAGGAGCCCGAGGGCUCGGAGCUGCCCCCUGCCCAGCCCCAGGUGCCCCUCGGCCACGGCCUCGGGCCCGGGGAGGAGCCGCUCAGCAAAGCCAAGCAGAGCCGCAGCGAGAAGAAAGCCCGCAAGGCCAUGUCCAAGCUGGGGCUGCGGCAGAUCCACGGCGUCACCCGCAUCACCAUCCGCAAGUCCAAGAACAUCCUGUUCGUCAUCUCCAAGCCCGACGUGUUCAAGAGCCCGGCCUCCGACAUCUACAUCGUCUUUGGGGAGGCCAAGAUCGAGGACCUGUCCCAGCAAGUGCACAAGGCGGCGGCCGAGAAGUUCAAGGUGCCCCUGGAGCACUCGGCGCUGGUGACGGACGCCGCUCCCGCCCUGGCCAUCAAGGAGGAGAGCGAGGAGGAGGAGGAGGUGGAUGAGACAGGCCUGGAGGUGCGGGACAUCGAGCUGGUGAUGGCCCAGGCCAACGUGUCCCGGCCCAAGGCUGUGAGAGCCCUGAGGCACAACAACAACGACAUCGUCAACGCCAUCAUGGAACUGACCAUGUAGCAGCCGGGGGUGUCCUGGCCCCCUGUAGAGAUGCACAGAGCCCCCCCAGACCCUUCCUCCCGCCCCCCAUCCUCCUCCUGGCCCCUGGACUGCUCAAUAAAGGCCUCCUGCACCCCUUG